AUGGCUAUCAUCCAAAUCGGAAGUAGCCCCACCGUGACUUGCGCGUUUCAUCCGCCAAGAAGCCGCUGCAUCGCGACGAUUCAUUUCGCAGCUUCGGAGCUGCGGUUAACGAGAACCGUGGGGGCGCAGAGGCAGGCGCCUCGGUGUUCUCGGUUGCGAUGGCCGGCGAAAUCGUUUACGGCGACAUUACCAAGUGUGCGAGGCUCGCAAGCGAUCAUAGUGCGAGCAUCGCGCCAGGCGAUGCCCGCCAGCCAGCCAGUGAUGAUCCGCUGCGCUGACGGGGAGAAUGGGCGUCCGAGAUGCGGCGACUUCAGUGGGACUGUGCGAUCCUUAUCAGCUCGAGCUGAUCAAGGCAAUGGCAAGAGAAGGCGAAGUGUCAAGAGCAGGGCCCAGGGAGAAGGAGCAGGAGACACCGCUACAGCCGCUACAGCCGCCGCUACAGCCGCAGAUGUGCAGGCAGCAGUGGAGGCGAUGCGAGCGCGGGAGAUCAAGAAAGAGCUCGAGAGCCUGGGCGUCAUCCUGCGCAUGCCCAUGCGUCGCCUCGCCACCACCGCCAGAGAGCCGCGUGAAUACGUCAUUCUCCCCCUAGAAGUUGCCGGGAAGGGCCCCUUUGAUUUUCUCCUAGACACCGGCAGCAGCACCACCCUAGUCUCCCCGGGUUUCGCUUAUGGCACUAUCGGGUUGUCUACUAACGAGGGCAGGAUGACUCAGGGGCUGGGAGGCAUGGGGCCGGAGGGGAAGCAGGGCCGGGAGCUGCUGCUGCCGGACGUGAGGCUCGGGGAGUUUAGGUUCGGGCCGACGCAAGCAGUGGUGCUGGACCUGCAGUAUACGGGCCUGCCUGGUUCGGUGGCGGGGAUUAUGGGGCUGUCGUUCCUGUCGGCUUUUGACAUGGACUUUGACUUUCCCAGCAGCACUCUCACCAUCAUGCACUCAGGUGCAGCGCUGGCAGCAGCAGGCAAGUGGACGGCAGGAGGCACCAUCCCCCCUCCGCCCUCUGCUGCUGCUGCUGCCUCUCAGGGUUUGGAUUUCGAGGGGCUAGCCAUGCUCGCACCAGCCACUGUUCCCUUCAACCUGCCCGCGGUCCAGAUCUCGGUGAAUGGCAAGCACCUGGAGACGGCGAUUCUUGACAUGGGGUCGGGACUCAGCCUUAUCACCACUGCAGUGGCUUCCCGUGCCGGCAUCACCCCUUCCAGCAUUGGUGUAGCAUCAAUGGUGGACGUGGGAGGUGGAACAACACAAAUGGGAGGAGCAGUAGCGGAUCUGUUCCUUAUAACGAAGCAAGGAGGGCCAGCAGGGACGUCGGGCGGCCGUAUCCCCUUUACAAGCCACCCCAUGAUAGUGGGGGACCUGCCAGCCCUGGCAGUGAUGGGAGCAGGGGCAGUGAUGGGGAUGGAUGUGCUCAAGAGGACUCGCUGUGUGGUGUGUUUCAAGGAUAACAGGGUUCUGCUACAGAAGAAGUAUUAG